GUUUUUACAGUGCUGUAAGAUGUUUUCCCCAUUACAGAUGGUCAUGGCGACUCUAUCGCUCUCUUUGCUGCUGUGCAGCGUCAGUUCGGCACCUGGAGGAGACAUGCUGAUCCAGCUGUUACGGUCUGAAGUGGAACCCAAGGAGAAUGAGCUUCGGGAUUUCUUUCGUUUGCUCCUCCUGAAGCAACUUUCUGAGUCGGUGGCACCCGAGGAGAAACAGGCUCGUGAAAGCAUCGACGAUGAUCUUGACGUUCACAAUGAAGUGGUUCGCCAGAUUCCCCUCUCCCAUCGAGAACGGAAAACAGGCUGUCGAAAUUUCUACUGGAAGACCUUCACCUCCUGUUAGUCAACUUGCUUGGUAUCAACUCAAACCCUUUCAACAUUGACAUAUUGGUCUAGAAGUCAAUAUUACUUGUUUUAGAGGAUUUCUAGUCCUGUGCUUUAUGCCUGUAUCCUGGAUUGUAAUAACUAAUCUAUAUUGUAUUCAGUUUCUCCUGUAUGAUA